CAAGCGACACGUGAACCAAAUGGACAGUAGAAGUUGGUAGAAGCAGAAGGAGGAUCACGCGGUAGAAUUCACCGAGAUCGAGAGACACAGGUAAUACAGGUUAGGGUUAGUUAUAUAGGUUACCCCUACAUACCAACUGCAAUUAUGUUUUCGAAAAAUGCAGUCAAGACAACGCUGUUGUGCGGCCCAAAAGAGUUGAGCAAAUCUUUUAUGUUUGAGGCUGCGACGUAUUGGGCAGAAGAAGGACAACGCGUCGUUUAUGUUACCCCGGUACCUCUGCAGAAACGUCCGGCCGUCUGUCAUGACAGAAGGGAUCCAACAGUCGCGGCGCUUAAAUUAAUGAGAUUUGUAUAUUUGACGGAUUACGAAGCUCUUGCGAAGCAACUUUUUAAACUGCAUACUUAUGCAGCAGUCCCUUCCGUCCUUUUGAUAAAUGACUUGGACGAUUACCUGCUAGAUGACGAAGCUUUUGGAAACGAUGAUUCGAGGACGCGCAUCGCCAGAAUCUGUGCCUUGAUACUUCACUCAAUGAAGUCGUGUUCACGAAUUUUGAAAAAGAGAGUACAUGUGUGCGUAUGGGCCAGUUCGAGUCUCACCAAUAACUUUAUUCAAACAAUGUACUUUGGUAAUAUUUGGAAUUUGAUGGAAAAAGAAGAUGGGAAAAUGAUAUCAGUGGAAAGAUUUUCUAUUGGAUCAUCGUUAGAACGAUCGUAUAUGUAUUAUAAAUUCCAGGAUGGGAUGCGCGUUCUUCAACAAAUAUUAGGCGAUUUAGAGGAGGCUUAAUAAUAUUAUGCAGCGGAGGGAAAUUGCAGUAUCGUGUCUUAUUCUUUUUUUUAUGAACCCAUUAAAAUAAGCGAGCGAGCGAGAGAGAGAGAGAGAGAGAGAGAGAGAGAGAUGGACGAAAUGUUGCAUUUGUGAACAAAUAUAAUACAUUGGAUCGAUUUAUUUCGAAAGAUGGAAAGAGUGGAUCGUUUUCAUCAUCAUCAUCAUUUCUUUAAGGCUGCGCAAGUAUGUACAACGGAAAUCAUAUCUAUCUCUGUUCGCCUGCAUAUCUAUAAUGAAUUAUCGUAUCGAAAGAAUGACAGAUUGUUUCAUUUAUUUAAGCAUUUUUGGAAGGAGAUCUUCUUUCAUUGUAUCAAAGAAGUAUUUUCUGAAAGUGAAUUUAUCCUUAUAAAGUACGUUACACAUCUCGUUGAGUUUAUUUCAAUUUAAUUUACUUUAGUUUAAUUUAGAAUUUUUAAUUUAGCUUAGUUUAGUUUAAUUUUUUUCUUCUUUCUCUUAAAUUUUUUAUCAAGUUUUUUGAAUCAAUUUAUAACGCGUGUUAUUGUAGCUUUUGUUUAAAUAAAUUAAAUGAUAAAUAUAAAAUUUCAAAUUUAAGAGAUUGAAGAAGCGAUCGAAAAAAGCGAUCAUUAAUUAAAUUCAUUGUCAUUGUAUCAAAGUUAUUAGAAUCGUAUUUUACAUAAAAUUAUCAAAAGAAAUGUGUCGACACAAAUGUAUAUUGAUAUGAAAAAUACUAAUUAUACAUUUAAAGAGUCAAA